AGGGUACCGGGGUAGCUCUCUCUGGUUGCCCCGAUAACGUUUUAAAACUACUCAUGGGUCACACUGCACUCGCACAUCGUUAAAAUGAACAGGAGCAACCUAAAAUCCCUCUGCCAGUUUGCUGGGUAGGGCUACACCCGCCUCCGAGCUGGGACUCACUUCAUUAGAAACACAGGUGUCAUUAAAAGUUUCUGUUGGCUUCUGGUGGUUUGCAGGAGUUACUGCAGGUGUACUGAGUCUUCCUGAUUGGUUGUGUCUCUAAUGGUCUUUUUUUCCAGCAGAAAGGUGCACCCUUGGAGGUUUAGUUACUGAUUGUAGCCCAUCUGUUUCAAAUACCCUCAAACCUCAGUAACAAAACUACUACAGGACCACUACUGAGCAGAUGUUACUGGGAUAAUGGACUGUUCUUGCCAUGGUGGUGGCAUGGUAGUAGAUGUUGUGCUGGUACAGGUUGAGAAUAAUCAACCACCAGAAAAAUACCCAUGUGUGGUCCUGCGUCCAGAAACAAACCAUCAAUGAAGGGUGGAGUCUUGAAGAGCAACACAAUGUGGCGAUUUGGAAGGAAGACUGGAACAGGAGUGAUAAGGAGGAGAUCCUGUGGAGCACAAAAAGAUGUGUACCACAAACUUCGCCCAGCCGUUGCGCAGAAAAAGGUUCAUUUCAGCCUUCCACCGGGUGACUUCAGUGGUGUCAGAAAGACAGGACCCUUCUUAUUUCCUGACAGGUGGAUAAGCAAUCAUGGAAGUGCACAGAGUUCAUCAUCCGCUUGUUUCAAUAUGAGGUUGUUUUGUUCUGGUACAUCUAACAAAGAUCCCAUAGAGAUCCACAAGCACAGGUUAAUGUUGUGGUUCAGUCACUUGCCCCAGGAAGAGAAGCAAUUUGGGGGUUACUUUUCUCCUGAGACCAUGCAUGUAGACCCACUCAUUCUGGAGAAGAACCCAGAGGAGGGAAGAGGCCUUUCAAUUAGUCCCUUUAAGGAAAAUAUAUCAAAGAGCAAUUCUCUUGCAAUUGAACAAAUCUUUGACUCAAGUCAGAAUGGAAAUCAGGGUCGAGGACUCAAUGUGCUGCUCUAUGGGGCCGUUGGUACCGGGAAGAGUACAGUUGUCCGCAAGCUUGUUUUGGACUGGUGUGCUGGGUCAACACUGUCCCAGUUCAAGUUGAUGGUGCCCUUCUCUUGUGAAGAUCUCUGUCAUUUGUCCAAGCCUACCUCACUCAGAGACCUUGUGGGUAGAAAGUACAUGCACCUUCGCAAGACACCAUUUCUCAGUGGAGACAGUGAUCAGGCUAGGGAGGUCUUGUUCAUCUUCAACGGCAUGGAGAAGAUGAAGUUAGACUUUAGGAUUGGCUCCAGUGAACUGUGUAGUGAUCCUAAUGAAGCUCUUUCAUCAGGAGCUGUUGUUGUGAACCUGCUGAGGAAGUACCUUCUACCAGAGGCUAGCAUUUUGGUGACCACCAGGCUGUCUGCUGUAGAUCGUAUCCCUAAGAAGUAUGUGAGCCGAUAUGCUCAAAUCUGUGGUUUCAACGAUCCUGACCGUCAGAGAGCUUACUUCACAAGCAGACUGUUACUACAGAGUGGAGAGAAGCCAGGCAAGGAUGCAGAAUCUUUAAUAGAGAUGCUGUACCUCAAUUUGCAGCGGGAGAGUCAGUUAGCAGCUGCCUGCUUUUUACCCUCAUACUGCUGGCUCACCUGUGCGACCCUUCACUUCCUGCACUUUACUGAUGCCAAGGCACCUAUUCGCACUCUUACUGGUAUCUACACAAGCUUCCUGAGGCUCAACUUUGGAGGAGAGGUGCUGGCCUCAGGAGACAUGUCUUCGCAGGAGUAUCAGACCUCAUUAAUGCUUUACGUGGUCCGCACCGUUGGAAAACUGGCUUUUGACGGAGUGACCAAUAAGCGUACAUACUUUACUGAGAAGGACCUAGAACAGUGGAUAGGCGGAAAGACCAAAACCGAUGAAGAGCUUCAGCAGCUGGCAGUAUUCCGCACAGACGUGUUGGAUUUCUUCCUUGUGCCUUGUGUUGAGCAUAGUCGAAAGGUUACAGAGUCAGGUGAGAAACGUUAUGUCUUUGCUAUACCUGCCAUGCAGGAGUAUCUGGCUGCCCUGUAUGUCGUUCUUGGUGAGAACAAGAAUGCUCUGGAGAAGGUGACUAAGCAGGUGUCAGAGGUCGUUGGACAAGCUAGCGAGGACAUCACAAGCAUUAUGAGCAUUCUAUCUAAGCUCAUACCUUUGAGGAUCUUUGCUAUUUUCAACUUAUUGAAAUUGUUUCCGAAACUUUCUGAGCGGGUCAGUAACCUUAGCAAGGGUCGCAUCGCCAGCACCAUGGCUGCGGAAAUGUUCCGCUCAGAAGACAGUUUCAACGAAGACGUUCUAGAUCAGGUGGAGCAAAAUCUGCUGGGAGUACAAGGCCCGCAGCCUGAGCAAGAAGCUGACACAAGGUCCUUUGAGUUGUACCCAAUCUUCAUGGGAGGGCUCCUUCAUUAUGGCAACAGAAGGCUGCUGGACCAACUUGGCUGUGACAUCAAGAGCACCACUGUGGUCCAGAUCACCCGAUCGCUGAAGAAGCAGCUGGUCAGGGAGAGCCACAAGCAGCUGCCUCCUGCAGAACUGAUGGAUCUGCUGGUUCUGCUUUACGAGUUCCAGAACCCUCGGCUCACAGCUGAAGUGCUGCAGUCUGUCAAAGUCAUCAACUUGUCCACUGUGCGUAUGACCCCUCUCAAGUGCUUUGUGCUGAGUUCGUUGCUGGACUGCACACCUUCCAGCUUCCUGCUGGAUGAGCUCAACCUCUCCUCUUGCCAUAUCACUCCGGAAUUGCUGCACAUGCUGUGGCCCACCUUCCAUAACACACAUUGCCUCAACCUGCAGUUUAACAGCCUGGAUCCCGAAUCCUGCAUAUUGCUGCGAGAUCUGCUACUUGAAUCCAACUGUACAGUUAAAACAUUACAGUUGUGUGAUAACUCCUUGUUGGACAGAGGAGCUACCCAUCUGCUGGAUGCUCUGCCUGGUAACCAGUCUUUGCAGAAGCUAUCUUUGAUGCACUCUGGCCUUGGGGAUAGAGCUGCCCUCGAGUUAGCUGCAAGGCUGGGCCAGCAUACUGGACUACAGGAGCUGAACGUGGCUUACAACAACAUUGGCGAUAAUGCAGCAAUUGCACUGGUCGACGCCUGCCGAGAGCACCCCAGUAUUCACACGGUUCAUCUGUAUCUAAACCAGCUGACUGAUGUGGGGAAGCAGUCACUGCAUGUCCGUGGGGUUCCUCAGGAGAAAGGUGGGAGACGGGUGAAGGUGCUGGCUUCAGUGACCGAGGGCUCUGAUAUCUCAGAGGACUGGCAUCCCAUCCUGAGUGUGAUCACAAAGAACUCGCUCUCCUGGGAGAGGGAACGUGUACGGGAACAGCUGCUGGUCUUUCUGAAGGAUCUGGAGUGGGGCCGCAAGCAGCACCUGAGCUUUUGGAAGAAGCUGCACUUCCGCAGAGUGGAGAGUGUAGUGAGGCAGACCCUGCGCAUGCUGGACAAAGGCAGUGCCACAGGCACCAAACCUGCUUCCAAGUGACAAGGGACUGCUUUACUGUACAGAGGUGCUUUUAAGGGAAUAAUUGACAUACUGUUUGCAAAUACUGUAUAAGAGUGGUCUUCCUUUGCAUUAAUAACUUUUGUUUAUUAACAUUAGCAUGCAUUAGCAUGCGGCACGGUGGCGCGGUGGGUAGCGCUGUCGCCUCACAGCAAGGAGGGCCUGGGUUCGAUUCCCCGGCCGGGCGACUGGGGUCCUCUCUGUGUGGAGUUUGCAUGUUCUCCCCGUGUCUGUGUGG